UAUUACACCACCUCUAACUGAAACCAUCAGUGUUUCUCAUCUGAUGAAGACAGAUGUGAAGUUAACCACUGAAGUUUCACCAAGCAUUACCUUACAGACUUUUGCUGUAAUGGGAAUGAAUACUGGUUUUAUUCAAGCUGCAUCCAUCGCGAAAGGAAAGAUCCAUACAUUUUUGCCUCUAAAAGUGGAGGCAAAGUUUGACAUCACAAAGGCUAAUUUCAAGAUAAAGGGUUUUCCUAUUGUACUUCCAGUGCAUGCUUUGACAGCACGUUUUGAAACUUUGGCAGCAACAGGAAACAUCAAGGCGGUCAAUGCAGAGAGAAUUACACCCAUUGUACCAGAGACUGCAGUUCUGAAACAUUCCCAAGAAGCAUAUACCUCAAUGAUUUCACCUGGAGAUUUGUCAUCAGAAACCAUUAAAACUGUUAUGUCACCAGACGAGGAACCUGAACUGAGGACUAGUGUUCCAGUUCACAAAACACUUUGUUCUGUUGUACCUCACAUUGGAGUUAAUGUAUGCAUGGAGGUUAUGUCCUGUGAUGCCACCUUCAUCAAAAACACCACAAUUUAUAACAUGAUUGGGCAGCAUGGAGUACAUAUUAACAUAGUUAGAGGCAAGUGUCUGAAGAACAAGAACUCCAGUUUCUUUAGCCAUAAUAAAUUAUUUUACUCUCAAAGCACCAGUAGCCACAGCUUUAGUUCCAGCAGUUCUGUUCGAUCUUCCAACUCGCAUCUGUCCAAAGACCUCUCCAGUGGACAAAGCAAUGAAAGUUUCAAGCCCAUUCAGUCUAGAUUCCUUGGGGACUCGGUUCCUCCAGUGGUUGCUGUCAUUGCACGUGUUGUGAGAGUUGAUCGUAAGUUGUUGGGGUACCAGCUCACUGCUUACCUGGACAUGCCCACCUCAAGGGUGCAGAUCAUUGUGGUCUCCAUUGCAGUGAAGAACAACUGGAAAAUGUGUGCUGAUGGUGUAUUUUUGAGCAAGCACAAUGUUGGUGCAAGGAUUGCUUGGGGUGCAGAGUGCCAACAAUAUGCAAUUACCAUAAACGCAGAGACUGGCCACCAAGGUCCAAGUCCUAUGGCCUAUCUUAAAGUGAAGUGUGAGAAGGUGCCCACAAUUAUCACCACCUAUGCCAAGAGUGUGGCUGAAUAUAUUCCUGGUGCAGCUCAAAUGACUGGAUUGGCUAUUAGCGAUGAAAAAAACAUUAAGAGGCAGAUUGAACUGAUCAUACUUGUCCCAACUGAAAGGACCCUGGACAUCAUUAUUAAGACCCCAACAAUGACCUUGUCAGUGUCGAACUUGGUUCUUCCAAUCGCUUUGCCAUUUGAGGCUAUCCAGGCCUAUCCAGAAAAUGAUGUCACAGACAUAAUUCGAAACCUUUAUAUAGAGACUAGUUCAGCUAAAUGCAGUAAGGUCAGAAACACCUUGACUACAUUCAACCAUAAGAAGUACAACUAUGAAAUUCCCCUUUCCUGCUACCAAGUCUUAGUUCAAGACUGCACUUCAGAGCACAAAUUCAUAGUCCUAAUAAAAAAAGAUGAUGUCUUUGAGCAUGAAGACCUAAACAUUAAGGUGGCAGACAUCGAUGUUGACAUAUACCACCAGAAGGGUGCAGUGAAGGUUAAAAUGAAUGGAAUUGAAAUACCAACCAACAAUAUUUCAUACCAGAACCCAACAGGUACCAUAAAAAUUGAGCAGAAGGGUCAAGGUAUCGCUCUCCAUGCCCCAGGCCAUGGUCUUCAAGAGGUCUAUUAUACCAGUGACCAGUGGAUGGUUUAUGUUGUGGACUGGAUGAAGGGACAGACUUGUGGACUCUGUGGA